GGCAAAAAUUGAAAAUAAAAGAAAAAAAACAAAUACGACCAGUCAAAGUAGACACAGUAAACUGUGUUUUAUCUGAUACUUGACGAGUCCGAAAAGUUUUGCAUUUACCGUAAUCUUGAGGUGAAAGAGAAAAACGAAGGAAAUAUUCCAUGGAGCAGGACUAAGCAGAAAUUCAACGAUAUCAAGCAGUGCUAACGUUAGCGAGCUGGGUUUGGCAAUGAAUGUGUUUAGUAAAAUUUAAAGUCUUCUAAAUGAGAAAUUGUUUAUCUAGCUAUUUAUGUCAGGAAACACCCAGCUAGUAUAUUCUGAAAUAUAAUAAUGAAGUAAGGACGACCCGUCUUCAACAGGUGUGACUUGUUUCGCGGAGUGGAUGAUACGUCGCUUAAUGGAAAAACUUGAAAUGAGAGCUUUGAAGAUUUUGAAUGCUUGAUGUUGUACAUAUGUUAAUUUGACAGUUUAUUCAACUGCUUAACAGUUUGCCAUUGACUGGAUGAGGAGUGCCAACUAGGUACAUCAUGAUCUCUUUUCCACGUCCGAUGCAUCACUACAAGACAGUCCGCAUUAUGUAAUCGGCUAGCGAAUAGUGCGACCACGAACAUGUUUAGGUAAAGCAAUAGGCAUUAAAAUCGGGAGAUGGAAGGCCAAGUGUGAACCACAUCUAAACCCAUAUGAACAAGUCUUGACAUUGGUUUGAAGGUUUCUACGCGUGCACGACAAUUUGGAACUCGGAAUCUCUGUGUUGGAGACUACGUCAUCCGGAUUUACAGGGAUUCGAAUGUAGCAAUGGAAGUUGAACCGCGGAUUUAGUCGUCUACACGUUUUAAAAGAGCCCACUUGGAUGAUUCAUGUGUAGCUACAGCAGAUCAUCGGAUUUGAGUUAUCCGAGUCUGCUGGACCACUGGAAAAAGUCUGAGGAAGUGAGCAAGACAACUCUGCCCUGCCGGGACUGGAGAGAUGAGGUGUUAACCUCCCUGGGGAGCUAAAUGGCGCAGCAUGACUUUGCUCCAGCCUGGCUUAAUUUUCCCGCCCCGGCCCAAUCAGCCAAGCCCUCUCAGACUUAUGACAAGUCCGCAGAGCCCUCUCACUUUGACAGCAACAGCGAUGUGAUUCGCAGACGCCAUAACUCCUCAGACGGGUUUGAGUCUGUCAGCGGACGUAAUGCAGGAAACUAUGCAUGGAGGGAGAAGAACGGCUGGCGCGGCCGGAACGGCAGCGAGGAGGGCGGUUCUAGAGGAGCUGUCGGAUCCCAGGUCCGUGCGAGGGAGGGAGCUCAGGGAGGCAAGAGUAAAGUCCCGGAGGACGGAGGCCGCAGCAGGAAGGACAACGGACACGGGGACAAGCAGUUUCAGGCGGAGGACUUUCCUUCACUCAACCCUGAUGCAGAGAAAGAGGUCAAUCUCAACAAAAGUGUUGGUGUUGGUGUGUGGGAGCAUCCCCCAAACCCCAAAACCAGAAUGUCAAAAAUGAUGGUGAUUAAACGUAUGACCAAGGAUGAGCAGACGCCCGCCCCUCAGUGCUCCGUGUCUACCCAGCAGGCGCCGGCCGUGUAUAAAGGCUCAGUUCCCAAAUCUGCGUCUCUUCCACUCAAGGGCAGCCGUUCCAGCUCCUUGUCCCCGGUUGACAAAGUGAGCCAGCCGCGGCUGAUGAUGCGUCUGACGCGCAUGCGUAGCGAUAAGAAGAGUCAGUUCCUCAAAGCACUCAAACAGGACAUGGUGGAUGAGGAGAGCCUCGAUGACCACUGCAAGGACGAGCAGGCCUUUAGCCUGCAGAACAGUAACCUGGGUCACAGGGAUGAAAACCGUAACCGUUACGAACGCAGCGCAUCUCAAGAGAACGGCAACGCGACACUCGCCACACGACAGCAGGUUCUCCGCUCCUCCACCUUCCCACAGCAGGAGGUGCUGUCCAGCUCUCUGGAGGCAGAGCACAGGUUGCUGAAGGAAAUGGGCUGGCAGGAGGAGAGUGAGAACGAUGAAACCUGUGCUCCUCUCACUGAAGAUGAGCUUAAGGAGUUCCAGGCCAUCAGUGAGCAGUUACAGAGGAAUGGCCUGAGGAAGAACGGCUUUUUAAAGAACGGCCUUGUCUCCGACAUCCUGACCACCUGGAGGAGCAGCAGCAGCAGCAGCAUCAAAACGGCCGAGGAGACGGAGGAGACCGAGACCAGCAGCAGCGACACCUCCGACGACGAGGCCUAGACCGGCUCUUCACGACGGCCACACCCCCUCACACCCGAGACCCUUCCUAGCUGUGCACGAGCAGAAUGCAAUCAAUUAAAAUAAAUAAAUAAAAAAUAGAAAAGUAAAGAAAGGCCUUCCCGGAGCUGUGUAAGACUCUCAGAUGGACUGGAAAAGAGAGAACUUGGCUCUGUGAACAUUGCUUUUUCAGUCAGGCGCUGAGGGGACAGCGAGGUUUUUUUUUUUGUUUUGUUUUUUAAGUGUCUGGACUUGGUUUGAACCAUCAUAAAUGAAUGUGAAACAAGUCUGUACUGGAAGCAGUUAAAUAAAAUAAACGCAAUUCACAAUGCAUUGCUAUGUGGAGAUAUA